AUGACCUUGAAUGCACCGUCAGUUUUAUUCUACGUCAUUGGAUUUAUCGCUAGCUGCGAGCAAGGUUGAAAUACGAACCUUGCAUGUUAGCUGGCAGCCAGUAAGUUUUAUUUUUAAAAAAUUAAACUAAGUACUUGGUGCUAAAGAGAAAUAAUGAGAAGAGUUACGUUAUUUGUUAACGGGACGUCUAAAAAUGGCAAGGUUGUAGCAGUGUAUGGGACCUUGUCGGAUUUACUUUCUGUAGCCAGCAACAAAUUGGGCAUCAAAGCAUGCAGUUUAUACAAUGGAAAAGGAGGUCUCAUCGAUGACAUUGCCCUAAUCAGAGAUGACGACGUACUGUAUGUCUCAGAAGGGGAUCCAUUUAUUGAAUUUCAAAAUGAUGUCAAUGUUGAAUCGUAUCAACAAGGCGCUCACACUGACUGGUUGACCCUGAAUAUUGGUGGUCGUCUCUUUACCACUACCAGAAGCACCCUGGUCAGCAAAGAGCCUGAGAGUAUGCUAGCUCAUAUGUUUGGAGAGAGAGAUGUGUGGGGAAACAAGCAAGAUGAGCAUGGGGCCUACCUCAUCGACCGCAGCCCAGAAUACUUUGAGCCUAUUCUUAACUACUUGAGACAUGGGCAACUCAUUAUCAAUGAGGGCAUAAAUAUAAGAGGCGUUCUUGAGGAGGCUCGUUUUUUUGGAAUUGAAAAACUUGCUGAUCAGUUGGAAUUGGUCAUCAAGAACACACAGCCGCCUGAAGACCAUUCUCCCAUUUCCCGUAAGGAGUUUGUGCGUUUUCUUUUGGCUACACCCACCAAGUCUGAGUUACGUUGCCAGAAAUCACGAAGGCGGAGCAGUGGGAUCGGACACUUGUCUGCUCAAGACACUUUCCAAAUGGGUCUUAAUUUCAGUGGUGCUGAUCUUUCCCGUCUUGAUUUGCGCUACAUAAAUUUCAAGAUGGCAAAUCUCAGCCGCUGCAAUCUGACACAAGCUAAUUUGUGUUGUUCUAACCUGGAGCGGGCUGAUCUAUCCGGAGCUAACUUGGAUGGCGCUAACUUACAAGGUGUGAAGAUGCUGUGCUCCAAUGCAGAAGCAGCCUCUCUUAAAGCAUGCAACUUUGAAGAUCCCUCUGGGCUCAAGGCCAACCUGGAAGGUGCGAACCUGAAAGGGGUUGACAUGGAAGGAAGUCAAAUGACUGGCAUUAACCUGCGGGUGGCCACUUUGAAAAAUGCAAGGCUGAAAAACUGCAACCUGCGGGGCGCCACUUUAGCAGGGACAGAUCUUGAGAACUGCGACCUGUCUGGUUGUGAUCUUCAGGAGGCCAACCUGAGGGGGUCUAAUGUGAAAGGAGCCAUCUUUGAAGAGAUGCUGACGCCGCUGCACAUGUCACAGAGUGUUAGAUAACUGAGCAUGUGCAUCAACCCAGCCACUACCGGGUCAUUUAAUCACUCUGCCUCUGACAAUAUAUUCCCUCAUAUUCAAGCUUUUUUUUUUUUUUCUUACACCCACAUUGAGCGCAGGUAUGCACUUCUCUUACACUUGUGAGCUUUAAAUAUUGCGCUAUUUAUACAUCGUUGUUUUCGAUGCUUGGAUGUAUUUUAGUGUCUCAUUCGUUGUACAAUACUGUAUUACAAAACAAAAUAAUGUCUUUGGUGUGUGUCGAAGUGUCUGGAUUCAAUCCAGGAAUUACAAUCAUUUGAUGUGUGUCACAACAAUUUAUACUUUUGACCGAGAAAUGAGUGUUGCUAUACUUUUUUCCACAAGUAACAUUGGCCUGGUACAACUCUAGAAAUGAAAGCCAAAGCCGCAAGGGAGCAGUAGAAAGCCUCAAAGUGCUGUGAAACCAUGCGACUCGCUAGAUGUCAACACAGCUCAGGUAUGCAAAUGCAUAAUUUACAGCUGUGGCCUUUGUCUCUUGCAAUACUCAAAUCUUUUGUGCUCAAAAAUAUUUUACCUGUUCCUGUGCUCUGUGGAUCUACCUCUUUAUUUUAAAUCAAUGAUCCCUUUGCGUGUAUUCAGCUGUGGCGCUGUAUCCUAAAAUGGUUUUGUCGGUCAUAUUCACAUCUUAUGUUUCACAGUCUCUAAUUCCUCUUGCUGUGCGUUUUGCGUCAACGUUGUAGUCAUGUUCGGUGUCAUUGUUGUAAUUCUCCACGUAUGAUCAUGUAAUCAUGUUUUGAACAUAUUUGCACAAGUAUAUAUGUGUAUAGCCUUUCACCCCCCCAAAAUAUAAAUUGUGUAUUCUUAUGUGUAUUGAAUCCAGUGCUUCCAAAAACUUCCAAAAAGAUUGUAAUUGAGGGAAAGAUUGUUUUCUCAAGGAACAAUCUUCUUCUUCUUGCUGGACUAUGUUUGUCUGCAUGUGUUUGUCUUUGACUGGUCAAGAACAUUUAUCUGUAUCUUAGUAAUGGUCUAAUGCAAUAUUUUUAAAGUUUAACAGAAGGUACCGAGCUUGUGACAGUGAUUAAUGAAGGCAAUGUUUGUGUAUGACAACCAUGUAAAACUCAAAAGAAGUGAUCUCGAUUAUUUAUUUGAAAACAUAGUUGUGAAUGCAAUGUGGAGCAAUGGUUGUUUUGUUUAGAACCUGGGGUGCUGUUCCCAAUGUCAGUGAUGAUUGCACUCCUCUGUGGAAAUACUUUUCCAAUAUUUGACUGUUAUAAAUAAACUCCUUGAAAGAAGAGAA